UGUUUUCGUCAAUAGACGCGAAGCAUUCAUGAAAACUUUUUUGAACCCGGAAACAGAGACCUGUCUUAUUAUGUUGUUUUGCUGGCAACUAAAGAUUUUCCACAGGUGCUAGCAAGGAGCGGAACUUCGGAAUGUCAGAAUAUGACAUCUUUGGCAGUGUGUAACCAUUAUUAGUGUUUGGCCUUGUCUUCGCUGGGAUAAUUGAUUGACCUGAAGUACUAACAAUUGUAUACCUGUGUAUAGACAUAAUCUUGCUUGUAAAGAACAGGAUGGAUGAAACCCAAAAGCUGGAGGACUCUUUCUUAGAAGAGGAGGAUGAGGUGGCUGAGGAGAAGGACACGGGAAAAGAGAGAGAGCCUCUGGCCAAACUCAGAGUCUUCAAUAAUGAGCACUUUCCAGAGACUGAACUUCCCCUCUUCCUCGGGGACAACGUGCUGGGCCGUGACCCCGCCUCCUGCAGCCUGCCCCUCCCCGCUCGCUCCGUGUCCAAGCGGCACGCCGUCAUCUCCAUCACCCGUCUCCGCGACGACGGGCGCCGCGACGACGGCGCGACGGAGGCCCUCGUGUGGGACCUGGGCAGCAUGAACGGCACGCGGAAGGGCCGGCUUCGGCUGACCCCCCACGUGCGCUACGCCCUCGGGGAGGGGGACGUCGUGGUCAUCGCCGACCUGCCCUGUCAGUUCGUCCGCGCUGGGGAGGGAGGGGCCGGGCGCGAGGCGGGAGCGCCGGCCGCGGCGGCGACGGGGAGAGGAAGAGGCGGGCCGAGAAGAAUCGCCAGGGGCUGCGUGUCGGAUUCCGACUCCGAGGGAGAGAUAAGCGUGAGGAAAGAAAGGAGGGCGAAGCUUUUCGUGCCCGACUCAGACUCGCCUCGAGAAUCCAGUCUCUCCUGCUCUACUUUCCUCACUCCAACCAGCAGAUUUGUCCCAGAUAGUGAGGAGGAGAGCUCCAUCACUCCCUCUUCCUCGGGGCGACUGGACCGAUCUAGAACCGGCAAGACCCCAAAACACGUCUCGGACAGUGACCCCGAUGAUGAGGAGGAGGAGGAGGAGGAGGAGGAGGAGGAGGCGGGAACGAACUCGCAUGUCGAUUGCGCCGCUAAGACUCCGAAUGCCGAGCCCAGUGGAGCACGCCCGCCCGUCGAGCCCGGCAGAAAUGAGGCCGCCUUCAAGAUCCGCGAUUCGGAGAGUGACACGGACGCGGAGGGGGAGGAGUCAGCAGGGAACACCCCCGGCGCUUCGGGAGAUAAGGCCGUCCUCCCGGAGGCGGGACCAUCGACAGGCCCCGCGGCGCGUCCCGAGGACUUCCAUCUGGACAGCGACACGGACGCGGAGGACGAGGCGGACGCCGCGACCGCGUCUGUGCCCGCGUCUGUGCCCGCGCGGGAUCAGAACGCAAAACCGCCCGCCGCCGUACAGCAAACGGACUUCCAUCUGGACAGCGACACGGACGCGGAGGACGAGGCGGACGCCACGACUGCGUCUGUGCCCACGUCUGUGCCCGCGCGGGACCAGAACGCAAAACCGCCCGCUGCCGUACAGCAAACGGACUUCCAUCUGGACAGCGACACGGACGAGGAGGACGAGGCGGAGGGUACCGCCGGUUCAGCUCCCGGGGAGAGCGCCGGCCCGCCCGAGACUGCCGCCGGUAAACCCGCGGAGCUGCACUACGACAGCGGCACGGACGCGGAGGACGCCGCCGUCGGGCCCGAGCCGCCCUCGGCCGCCGCGCCGCAGGGCUUGGCCAUCCUCUCCGACAGCGACCCGGACGCGGAGGAGGACGGUGUCGCCCCGCCACGCGCCGCCGCGGCCCGGCGGCCCGAUUCCCAGACGCCCGCGCCCGGCGCCGGCCCGGCAGCGGCUGCCGCCCGUUUGGAGUCGGACAGCGACACCGACCUGGAGGAGCUGGACUCCGCCGAGCUGCAGCCAAAAUCCGAGCCCCACCCCCGAGACUUCAACCUGGACAGCGACACGGACGUGGAGGACGCGGAGGACGCGGAGGACGGAGGGGGGGCGGAGGGGAGCGCCGGGCUGGCGGAGAAGCCCGUGAGCUCCACGCCGCGGGGAUCAGCCUUAGAAGAGGAUGAAUUGGAGACCCAGCCUUUCAGCAGCACCUCGGACCCCUUCAGGCGUCCCUCUGCCCCUCCGCCGCUGGAGCCCAAGCCGCUCGAUGGCAGCCAGGAGGACUCGGGCGACGAGGACCUCGUCUUUGCCCCGACUCAGUGCUUUGAGCCUGAAGGACAGAGGAGCAGUCCGGCAGGGGACCCCGCGCUGGACGCCACCCAGCCCUUCCCCUUGGACCCCUCUGCUGCCGAGGGCUCGGAGGACCAGCCCACCCAAGCCUUCUCCUUCCGGCUGGGCCUGUCCCACUGCAGCGAGGCCACCCAGGCCUAUGGCCCGGCGGAGUCGGAGGACGACUCCGAGCUGGAGGCCACCCAAGCGUACGGGGAAGCCCCUCCUACCUGGGGGGAGAGAGAACGACUGGAGAAGGAAAGGGAGGAAAGAGAGGAAAAGGAAAGAUUGGAGAAGGACAGGAAAGAAAGGGAGGAGGAGGAAAGAUUGGAGAAGGAAAGGAAAGAAAGAGAAGAGAAGGAACGAUUGGAGAGUGAAAAGAAAGAAAGGGAGGAGAAAGAAAGAUUGGAGAAGGAAAAGAAAGAAAAAGAAGAAAAGGAAAGAUUGGAGAAAGAAAGGAAAGAAAGGGAGGAGAAGGAAAGAUUGGCGAAGGAAAGGAAAGAAAGAGAAGAGAAGGAACGAUUGGAGAGUGAAAAGAAAGAAAGGGAGGAGAAAGAAAGAUUGGAGAAGGAAAAGAAAGAAAAAGAAGAAAAGGAAAGAUUGGAGAAGGAAAGGCAAGAAAGAGAGGAAAAGCAAAGAUUGGAGAAAGAAAGGAAAGAAAGGGAGGAGAAGGAAAGAUUGGAGAGGGAAAGGAAAGAGAGAGAGGAGAUGGAAAGAUUAGAGAAGGAAAGGAAAGAAAAAGAAGAAAAGGAAAGAUUGGAGAACGAAAGGAAAGAGAGAGAGGAGAUGGAAAGAUUAGAGAAGGAAAGGAAGGAAAAAGAAGAAAAGGAAAGAUUGGAUAAGGAAAGGAAAGAAAGAGAAGAGAAGAAAAGAAUGGAGAAGGAGAAAAUGGAAAGGGAGAAGAGAGAAAGACUAGAGAAGGAAAAGUCAGAAAGAGAAGAGAAGGAAAGAGUGGAGUGGGAAAAGGGAGAAAGGGAAGAGAAGGAAAGAGCGGAGAAGGAGAAAAGGGAAAGGGAGGAGAGCGAAAGACUAGAGAAAGAAAAGGAAGAAAAGGCAGAAAAAGAACAAGUGGAGAAGGAAAGGAAAGACAGGCAGGAAAAUGAAAGCGCGGAGGUAGGGGAUGAGCCUGUGCCUGAGCAGGGGAGAAGGUCCCGUCGUAGUUCUGUUAGCUCCGUCAGCUCAGAGAGGUCCAACUCCAGCACCAGCGUGCCGGCCAGGGGGAGGGGGAGGAGGACCCAGAGGAAGACCGGGUCCCAAACCGAUCCUGUCCCCAUCCCCGGUCAGCAGGAAGAGCCCCCUGCCCCCAAGCCCAGCGGGAGGGGGCGGGGGAGGAGAAGCAUGAAGGAGAGCGCUCCUGGCUCUGCGGGGACGCAGAGAGACCUGGACUCUGUGCGCCCUGACGCCGUACGGAAGGACGAUCCCAACCUGAGAGCACCUCGAGGGAUGAGCCGGGGCAGGAGGGCCAUCGACUCCCAUCCAGGGGCAACGGGGGCCAGCCAAAGUGCACCGGAUGUGAAGACUGCGGAGCCCGAGGGCAGCACCAAAACCAGGGGCAGGAGUUGCAAAGUAAGCAGUUCUGAUUCAACCGCGACAGAAAUGACUCGAACUGCAGAACCAGUGGAGCCGAAGUUUGUGGAAACCCCUGCACCUACGACAAAUAGAACAAGGGGUAGGUCUCGUAAGGUAAACGAUCUGAACUCGACAGCAGCAGAAGUCGACCAAAGUACUGAGAUCUUGGAAACUCCUGGUGUGGAAACUCCUGCCCCUAAAGAAAACAGUAGGGCGAGGGGUAGGUCUCGUAAAAUAGGCGAUUCUGGCUCAACGACAACGGAGGUAGAACAAACUACUGACAGCGUGCAGGCUCCAAGUGUAGAAACUCCCGCACCUAAAGCCAACAGUAGAGCAAGGGGUAGGGGACGUAAAGUGAAUGAUUUGGACUCAACGUCAGCAGAAACAGACAAAACAGUAGAGCCGGCUGCAACUACAAAUGAAGAAACUCCAAGUGUAGGAACUGCUACGGCUAAAGAAAGCAGUAGAGCAAGGGGGAGGUCUCGUAAAAUGAUCGAUUCAGACUCAACGGCAACGGAGGUAGAACAAACUACUGACAGCGUGCAGGCUCCAAGUGUAGAAACUCCCGCACCUAAGGCAAGUGUAGAAACUCCCACACCUAAAGCCAACAGUAGAGCAAGGGGUAGGGGACGUAAAGUGAAUGAUUUGGACUCAAUGUCAGCAGAAAUAGACAAAACAGUAGAGCCGGCUGAAACUACAAAUGAAGAAACUCCAAGUGUAGGAACUGCUACGGCUAAAGAAAGCAGUAGAGCAAGGGGGAGGUCUCGUAAAAUGAUCGAUUCAGACUCAACGGCAACGGAGGUAGAACAAACUACUGACAGCGUGCCGGCUCCAAGUGUAGAAACUCCCGCACCCAAGGCAAGUGUAGAAACUCCCACACCUAAAGCCAACAGUAGGGCAAGGGGUAGGGGAGGUAAGAUUAGUGAUAGUGCCAUAGCGACAACGGAAGCAGCCCAAACUGCGGAGGCUGUGGGAACAGGUGCGAAGGCUGAGCCCUCUAAAAGCACUGGCCGAGACAGGGGGCAGAAGAGGGCUCUUGAGGUUGAAGGGGAGGAGGUGAGCGGCUCUUUCAAAGUGCCCAGGGGCAGGUCGCGGAGGGGUGGAAGAGGAGCGGGGGAGCAGGAGGAGCAGGAGGUACAUGAGGAGGAGGAGGACACUGAACCCAGUCCACCUCUGAGUAAGGCGAGAGGGCCUUCUACGCAGGGGAAGAGGGGACAGCAGAAGGAGGAUGAGGAAGCCAAGGGUCUUUCAGUCCAGAAAAUGGAACGAAGCAAGCAGACCCUGGCCCUGAGUAAGGAGGAGGCUGAGGAAGAGGACAGGACGGAUGAAGUACAGACUGAAGACGCCGUCUCUGCUCCCAGCUCUGAAGAGCAGGAUGUGCCUCGGACUCCUACGGGGAGAAGCGUCCGGAAGCGGGCGGCCCCAGGCGAGUCCCCGCCCGCCGCCAAGACGCCUCGCCGCUCCGUGGCCAGCGCCCCCUCCCCCGAGGCUGGGGGUCAAAGCAGAGCCGUCGCUCAGGCUCAUAAGGUUCUGUUCACCGGUUUGACGGACACGUCGGGUGAGGCUGUGGUAGCGCGUCUCGGGGGCAGCCUAGCCAGGGGCGUCAGCGACAUGACCCACCUGGUGACGGACAAGGUGCGGCGCACCGUCAAGUUCCUGUGCGCCGUGGCUCGCGGCGUUCCCAUCGUCACCACCGAUUGGCUGGAGAAGAGUGGCAGGAGGGGCAGUUUCCUCCCGCCCUCGGAGUUCCUGGUGAAGGAUGCGGAGCAGGAGAAGAAGUUCAGCUUCCGUCUGGAGCAGUCCCUGCUCACCGCGCACGCUCAGCCACUCCUCCAGGGCUACGAGGUCCACGUGACGCGCUCGGUCAAGCCCGACCCGGCCCAGAUGAGGGACAUCGUGUCCUGCAGCGGGGCCCGGUACCUCCCCAAGAUGCCGACCGUGCUCAAACCUCAGACGGUGGUGGUGUCCUGUGUGGAGGACGCCUCUCUCUGUAUCCCGGCCCUGUCCGCCCGCAUCCCUGUGGUCAGCGCUGAGUUCCUGCUCACGGGCAUCCUGCAGCAGAAGGCGGACCCGCUCGGCCACGCCCUCUCCGGUCCCGGGUUCGAGCCGGGGGCCAAGGGCGGGGCCAAGGGGAGGAAGAGGAAGUGAGAGCUGAGCCUGCGGCAGAGGGCAGACCCGCUCGGCCACGCCCUCUCCGGUCCCGGGUUCGAGCCGGGGGCCAAGGGCGGGGCCAAGGGGAGGAAGAGGAAGUGAGAACGGAGCGGCGGGAGGGAUUGGCGCCGACACCGCCAACGGGGAAGCGGGAGAAACAAGGCCAGAAAGAGGGAGAGAAAGAAAGGAGGGGAAGGAAUGAAAGCGGAAGACUGGAAGCUCUGCUGUCCUGGAGAUAUUUAUAGGAGCCCAGUUGGGAUUUUCUGUGCUGCUCGUCUGCUUCGCCUGUUCCUCUCUCCUCUCUCGCUCUGUCCGUCUUCUGUGCGUCUCUGGAGAGAUGCUGUGCCUUCGGUCCUUCAGUGCCUCUCUUAGACUUUCCCUUCAUUUUUUAAACAGUUGAUUGUGUACUUAGUGCAUAUUAUAACACAGUAUGCAUGUUUUAAUAAAAUAGUGGGAAUGUGGCAUUGAGUUCACGACUGUGACUGCCGACUUGGAUUGUAAGCUUGCUUUUGUAUUAUGCCCACCGAUUUUCUCCAGUUGAAUAAUAAUAUAAAUAAGCCUCUGUCAGCUAAAAUGUCAUAGUUUUAAAGGUAUUCUCUCUGCAUUAAUAUUACAUAUGUGUAUACACAUGCACAAUUCACAAAUCUGUAUAAUUGUUGGUUCUUGUAAUAUUGCCAUUAAACAAUUUUGUAGAAAAUUGAGAAGAA